CAGAGCACAAGCCAAAAUGGAAGAUGGUCCUGUUUUCUAUGGCUUUAAAAACAUUUUUAUUACAAUGUUUGCUACCUUUUUUUUCUUCAAGCUUUUAAUUAAAGUUUUUUUGGCUCUCCUAACCCAUUUCUAUAUCGUCAAAGGAAAUAGAAAAGAAGCAGCUAGGAUAGCAGAAGAGAUCUAUGGUGGAAUUUCAGACAACUUGGAACACACUAGACAACAGUGGCCUUAUCCAAAGAAACAAGACCUCCAAAGACGAAGCAUCAGAAUGCUUCAAUUAACUGAGGAAAAUGAGAAGAUUUUUGAAGUUUCAGAAAGUGUCAGAAGGCCCGGACUGUGGAAAGAGAUAUCUUUUGGGGAUUACAUUUGUCACACAUUUCAGGGAGACUGCUGGGCAGAUCGAUCCCCACUUCAUGAAGCUGCAGCCCAGGGGCGCUUACUGACCCUUAAAACUUUAAUUGCACAGGGUAUCAAUGUGAACCUCGUGACAAUUAACCGGGUCUCUUCUCUCCAUGAGGCCUGCCUUGGAGGUCAUGCGGCCUGUGCUAAAGCCUUAUUGGAAAAUGGUGCACAAGUCAAUGGAGCGACAGUUCAUGGAGCCACGCCCCUCUUCAACGCUUGUUGCAGUGGCAGUGCUGAGUGUGUCAACGUGCUGCUAGAGUUUGGAGCCAAGGCCCAGCCUGAGACGCACCUGGCUUCACCCAUUCAUGAGGCAGUGAAGAGAGGUCACAGACAGUGCAUGGAGAUUCUGCUGGCAAAUAAUGUUAACAUUGACCAAGAGUUGAUUCAGUUUGGAACUCCCCUGUAUGUGGCCUGCUCCUAUCAGAGAGUGGACUGUGUGAAGAAGCUUCUAGAAUUAGGAGCCAGUGUUGACCACGGCCAGUGUCUGGACACCCCCCUCCACGUUGCAGUAAGGCAGUCCAACAUGGAGAUCGUCCGCCUGCUAACCGACUAUGGGGCUAACCUGAAGUGCAGGAAUGCUCAAGGCAAAACUGCACUUGAUCUGGCGGCUCCAAAAAGCAGCGUGGAGCAGGCUCUCCUGCUCUGCAAAGGCCCACCUACUCUUUCCCAGCUGUGUCGGCUGUGUGUCCGGAAGUGCAUGGGUCGAACAUGCCAUCAAGCCAUCCCCCAGCUACGUCUUCCAGAACCACUCCAAAGAUUCCUCCUAUAUCAAUAGCCCCAACUGUCCACAGGAAGACAGUUGUAAAUAAACAGGUUGUUGUCUGCUGUACCCAGGGUACCGAGUGUAGACACCCACCAGCUAGACUUUCUUAAUCUUCAAAUGAGCUGAUCCAGUUAGAGUUAAAUCCCCAAUGAACUGGAACACUUGGGGAGUGGAAACUCCUGGUUAGUUUAAUGUUCUCUUUAACCUAUGGGCAACCAGAAACCUUUUAGUUUUUAGCUCUUAUUGUUAAGAAACUGUAAAGUAGAAUGAAAAUAAUGGGCUAUUUUAUGAGGAUUCAGGAUCUUCAGUACAUAAAGGUCAACAUUCGGAAUAUUGUGUAGACAUACAAAUCUGGGUGGAUAAGAUUAUAAUGAAAUGUUAAGUAUUCCAAGAUGUAUUCCUGAUUUAGUUCCCUCCUUUUGCCCCAUUUCUUCUUUCUUUCCUUGAAUAAAUGUCUGCUGUAAUUUUA